CUUUUUCGCCACCGGACGGACGAGGGAAAGAGGCCGACGAGACCGUUCCAAAGACUAUCGUCCUCGGAUCAACCGAUUCCCGGUCAGGUUGUCAUGCCAUCUGACAAGUAACUGAGAUCAUAAUGACAGAAGAGUCACAAGCAACUUCAGACCACGUGGAAGCCGAGCCAUCUUCGGAAGUUGAUCUAUUGGUAGACAGAGAUGGAAAACACAUCUUAACUUAUGGGGAAUCAGACUUACUGCAAAAAGAAGGAAAUAGAUAUGUGGAAGAGGAGGCUUCAUUAGAUGGAGAAUUCAGCAAGUUUGAGGAGUCGAUAUAUGCAAAAGAGAGUUCCCACCUAUUUAAACAAAUAUCGGAAGUGGAAGAGGCCUCAAGUGUUGAAGAUCUGAAAACAAGAAAUAGAGUGGCAAAUGUGAAUUUGCUGGUAAUGGAGAAGAAAAAAGAAUUUGAACUUCAGCUUGAAGAAUCUGGGAGAGGACAGGAACUUUCAGAAUCUGAAAAAUCCUUACCAAAAUCAGAAUUUCAUCUAGCAAAUCAGAAGUUAGUGAAAAUGAACAGAUACUGCGAAGAACAUGAACUUUACCAGAAGGCAAUGAAAGAUGAUAUUUUAGAAGCACUGACAUCAAAUGAUACAAAGCAUAAGAAGCUUCUUGAGGUAAAGGAAGCAUUCACGGGGUUGGCAGAUGAGCUCAAGAGCUCGAGGAAAAAGAUGAAGGAGCUUCAAGAAGGGUUGGUAUCAUCAGCAAAUGAGAUGUGUAAACUUGAAGAGUUCAGCAAACAUAGUAGUUCACAGGCAGAGCUAGAAUCAAAGAGAGCUUUACAGUUUGGGAACAUGUUGGAAUUAGCACAAUUUAAAGCAAAGGAGAUUGAAGGUCAGAUGGAUAAUUUACAAAAAGGAUUGAAGGGACUCUAUGAAAGGAUUGCAGAGAAUCAGCAUGUCAAAGGAGUUCUGCACGCCAAUGCAGUAGAGCUUUCAACAAUUCAGGAAAAGUUGGAGAUUUCAAGGUCAACAGUAGCAGAUUUCGAACAGAAACUUGUUUCUAAGGAUUCUAUCAUUCAUGAGCUUACCCAAGAAUUAAAUAUACAUAAGGCUUCUGAAGAACGGAUGAAAACACAUGUUCUUGAAUUAGAAAAUUUACUUGCUGCAUCCAAAGAAGAACUCAAAGCAAAGCAUGCGAACUUGGAGGAAAUUGAACUGAAGCUUCAAGAGAAAAUUGGAGCUAGUUUUAAAAACCAAGUACUGUGGCAGAAGGUGACCCUUCAAAGUUUACAGAAGGACUUGUCUGAUUUAACCAGGGAAAAGGUGACUCUUCAAAGUACUGUGGCAGACCUUAGCAUGAAAUUGUCAAUGAACGAGGAGCAAUGCCGACAAUUUGAAGCGAAUCUAAAUCUGGCUGAUCAGAAUUUUAACAAGACAGAUUCACUUCUUUCACAAGCAUUAUUGCGUAACAAAGAGCUUGAACAAAAUCAGAGAUCUUUUGAAGAGCUCCAUCAUGAUAUGAAAAAAGUAAUGGAUGCCACUACCAAGAGAAACCUUGAGCUGGAGAAUCUGGUUCAGGCAUCAAAGUUAGCUGAAGAGAGCCUAAAAACAAAGCUUAGGCAGAGUGAAAUGAGAUCAUUCUCUGCUGAAAAACGCAAUAUGGAGCUUAAGCAACAAUUUAAUACUACAGAGAUGAGAUGCCUUGAAGCAGAGAGUGAGAUAGAGGAUCUGAAUAAUCAAGUGAAAGAGCUCACUACUUUGUUAAGAAAAAUAGAUGAGGAAAAUUCACUAUCAAGACUAUGCUUUCAGGGAUAUGAGAACAAGAUUGGCCAACUGGAAUCUUCGUUGAGCAAGUCUUUUCGAAGGAACACAGAGCUUGAAAAGGAGCUCAACUGUCUUCUUGAAAAGUGUGUAGAGCAUGAGGGACAGGCUACUGCAGCACAUCAAAGCAAUGCUGAGCUGGAAGACAAGGUACAAACAUCUCAUUCUAAAACUGAGAUUGAAAAGUGUGUUAAGCAGGGUACUACAGCACAUCAAAGCAAUGUUGAGUUAGGAGACAAGGCACAAUCAUCUCAUUUUGAAACUGAGAAUGCUGUAACAGGAGCUGAUGAAUUAGAGCAACUGCUGGAAACUGCUAAUUAUCGAAUACAGGAGCUGGAACAGCUACUGGCAACUAUGGAGGCAAAAUAUAGAGACACAGAAACAGAAUUAAAACAAUAUAGCAGCAAGGUAUCUGCGCUUUUUGCUGAAAUUGAAGCAUACCAGGCAAGAUCAGAAAGUCUUGAAUCUGUGCUGCAAGCUGCAAAUGAAAAAGAGAGCGAGUUGACUGAUGCCUUGGAUGCCACAAUUAAAGACCGAAAAAAACUUGAAGACUUAUCCAAUAUUCAGGCAAAGAGUCUUUCUGAAGCUGAGAAUCUUAUCCAGAUAUUGCAAAAUAAAUUGAAAUCUCUUGGAGCAAAGUUGGAAAGUGCUGAGGAACAACUUCAGGCCUCAAGUCUUCGAGAGAAAGAGCUAGUUGAGAAGCUUAGAUCUACUGGAGAACAGUUAAAGCAUGAUGGAAAGGCUGUAGAAGAUAUUAAUACCAGAAACCUGGAGAUGAAUUCACUGAAUGAAUCUUUAGACAAGGAUACCGGGUUCAAAUUCAAAGAAGCAACACUGAGAUUUAAUCAAAAGGAGUCUGAAUUUAAGGAAUUGCAUGAAAAGUUAAAGUUUCUGGAAGAACAAAAGACAUUAUACAAAGAUCACGCCCUCGAAUCUAAUGAAGAAGUUGCUUCACUAAAGGCAGAGUUGGAAGCAAAUGCAAUGAAAUUGGUAUCCCUUGAUAACAAAGUCGAGGAGCUUAACCAAAAAGUUUUAGAAUCUGAUCUGAGAGCUGAACAAAUAUCUUUGGAAAAUGAACUGAUGGCUGUGACGAAUUCAAAGCUUAGGUUAGAGUUGGCAGCCUGUCAACUCCAACUUAAUCAGCUUAAUCAGUUGUUGAACACCAAUCAUGCAGAGAUGGAGGCAACUUCUGAACAACUCGCCUCUCAUGUGAAAACCAUCUCAAAGUUAACAGAUGAAAAUUCAACAUAUUUGGAACUCCAAUCUGCCACUGAAUAUCGUCUUAGAGAAACCGAAGUCCAACUGCAUGAAACUAUAGAGAAAUUCAAACAGAAAGAUUCUGAAGUUAGAGAUUUGAUUGAGAAGCUGCUUGCUCUUGAAACACAAUUGAGAAGUCAUGACGAACAGGCUAGUGAAUUAGCUGCCAUUGCAUCAAGCCGGAAGGACAAGCUGGAAGACACUCUUUUAAAAUUACAGAACUUGGAAGCAUUUGUUGAACAUCUGAAAAUAAGCUCAGAAAUAUCCAAACUUGAGAAUGAAGAUUUAAUGGGAGAAAAUUUAACCAUGUCUCAGGAGUUGGCAAUAUAUAAGACAAAGAUAAACGAGUUAAAAAUUGUAUUUAAUGCUGUUGUUGCAGAGAAACAAGUUACAUCCAUUCAGCUUCAUGAUUCUCGGAAAGAAAUGAAGGUUCUCAUGCAGCAGAUUAACUCUGAUAAAGAGAAACACCAACUGCAGAUAACUGCUGCCAAGGAGGAGUAUAACAAGCUUACUGAAUCGUACCAAAAGACAAAAAAAGAACUUGAAGCAAUUAUAAUCCAGCUCGAAGAACAAUUAAGUGAACAGAAGACCAAGGAAAUCUCUCUCUGUGCUGACAUGAAGAUUCUUAAAGCAGAGUUAGCUGAUAAAUCUCUGAUGCAAGAACAAAUUUCAGAACUUGAAAGCAAGCUAUUAUUUGCCCAAAAAAGUUACAUGGAAGAGAUUGAAGGCAUGCGGUCAACAGUUGUGGAGAAGGAUGUUAUACUAAUUCCUAAACUAGAGGAGCACACAUGCAUAAUUGAAGAGAGAGAUACAUUAAUUCAACAGCUAAAGAAAGUUCAGAGUGAUCUAGACAUAGCACAUAGGACCAUAAAAGAGCAGUUUCAGAACAAAACAGCAGAAGGUGAAUUGCAGAAUGAAAUAGAAGCAAAAUCAAGAGAUCUUGGACUGGGAACCUCAAUAACCAUGUAUGGGAGGAACAUCAAAGAGAACAAUGACAACCACAUGAAUCAAGCUCUAGAAACAAAAUCUCUAAAUCUAGCUACACAAAUUGAUGAAGAGGCUUCCGGAGCCAUGGCACUCAAGUUCAUCUUAGGAGUAGCUCUAGUGUCAAUGUUCAUUGGGAUAAUUCUUGGAAAGAGGUAUUAACUUGAUCGCUCGAGUCCCUUGUGUUUAAACAUAACAAAAUUUUGAUUUUUUUUUAAGAUGGGAGGGAAAAAAGAGAAAAUUUGACCGAUGGAUGGAGCAAUGUCUUGUUGAAUUUUCUUAUAAAAAUUAGAUUUGUGUGGUCACUGGCUUUGGCCAUUGUACAGCAGUUGAUGAGCAUUGCUAGUUAAGCAAAGUGCAAAAUAUUCAGAUUGGCUUAGGGUCUUAUUUGUUUUUUGUUUGUUUUUGGUAUUGAUCCUACCCUUUUGUUUGCAAUGGAGGAUUGCAUGAAACUUGG